CUAACGUUUAAUAAUUUGUUGUGAUAUGUGGAAUUCCUAGUUAUAAAUUAUAACCUAAAACAAUAAAUACAAAUAAAAUAUUUGAUGUAAAUAUUAAUUAUCAAUAAUGCGUCCAAAAAAAUUUUCAAUACCAUGGAAUCAGGAGGAAUCACCAGCAGCCGGAAAAGUGAUAAUUGUUUCAAUAAUUGGAAAAUCACAAUACCGUGCAAAAGGAUGUAAAUCAGAGAUGAUUGGUACCAAUCUUCUGGUAGAUCUUCUUGAUCACCCCACUGUUAAUGAUGACACGAUGUCUGAAAUUGAAGGUUAUCAUGAUGAAAAAGAACGAGUUAUUUAUUUACACUUGCGAGGGUUGCUGGAUAGUCAAACGUUGGUGUCACAAUAUGACAGUUUUAUAGAAAAAUCAGGAUGCAAAGAUUUUCUGAGUGCGUGGGCACUUAUGAGAGAAAAAUACGCCAAAGCUCUACUAGUUCUUUUUCAUAUAUCUCAUAUAGUUAUUGUCAGUCAUCCAACUCAUACGUUUGAUUACAGUUAUUUGCAUCUAUUUCGGGCUCUUGAUAAAAUUAGACAAAAAGUAUCAACACAAUUGUCUAGUUUACUUGGUACCAUAUCAGGACUACCAAAAAGCUGGGUGACUAAUUGCAGACCUUGUCCUCCCCGCGUCUUAUUUUAUUUUGAAACUGGUCCAGUUGAAUUGAAGCAAACACCAGAAAAUUUACCAAAUAUAAAACAACUGGAGCACUCUAUGGAAGAUCAAAUUUAUGAUAUCCUCAAAGAAAAUCAUGUUGUACAUAAUAUUAGUUCCUAUUGUCUCUUUGCUAUUCCAGCUAAUCAAGAAUUUGUUUAUAUUCACACUGGAUCCACUGAGUCUCGUGACAUGUACGGCUACAUGAUGAGAAAAUUAAUAGAUAGCUGUAAAAUCAGUUCCGGGUCAAAAAAUAAUACUAAUAAUAACAAUGUUAAUAAUAACAAUAAUAAUAAGAGUGAUAAAGGUGAAGGAAUUUUUAAUUUUGGAAUAAAUAAUGAGCUACGAUCAUUCAAAACGUUUUUACAUCAGCACGUCAAUCUAGCAUUCAGUAAAGGCUUUGAUGAUAACAGUAAAGUUGGACGUCACCCAGUUCCUUCAUAUUUUGAAAUACCAUCAGUCUCAUUAUUUACAAAAGUUGCCAAUGUAGUUUAUGAAUUUUUUAUGCACAGUACUGACAAAGAGCUGUCAGCUUUACACGGUCUGCUAAAUACAGACGUCAAAUUUAGUAAAAGUAGAUGUAGCAAAAUAUUACCACGUGCAUUACAAACUUAUCAAGAUAAUUUACCGCAACAUUAUGGCCGCGCUUAUCAUGAAAGUAAGCUGGCUCACGCGAUGGCGGUAUUUGAAAUGCAUGCACGUGGGCCACUUUAUGAUGAGUUUAGUGAAAAAUUACAGAUGGAGUGCGACAAACAUUGGCGAACUGGCAAACAAAUGUGUGAAGUUUUGUCACUGACUGGUAAUCCAUGUACUAAUCCACUGCAUAAAGGUGGCAGUGAAGGUGCAGGUGGCGGUGAACUUGUUGAUAAACGUGAGGAUGAAAAUGAAUUACCAAUUAUGGAACAUUGCAGUGGAGUUAGAUAUGUUUGUGCUUGUAAUUGUGGGCAAUGUCAAGGACCAAGAGAAGAUCCUUUUAAUUUACGACAUGCUAACUUUGAUUGGUUUCAAUUGAUGGCUAAACAAUGCGGCUGUUCGCAGUUAGAAAAAAUUGAAUUCCCUGUUUUUCAACCUAGUACUCAUAAUUUUAGGCCAGCACAACUUAUUCCAGGUGUUCCUAGAAAAGAUUCCUGUAGUCGAGUCGAUAUUUCAACCUCACAAAAUCAAACACUUGCGUGUGGAUCAACGGACAGUCCUUUACGUGAUAAUAUCGAAGGAUAUGAAAGUGGUGGACAAUCGCAAUUGGGAAGUGAUUCUGAGGGUGAAGAGACUCGAGAACUUGAUAGUAAAAUUAAUCUUACACCAAGUGAAGCUCAUAAAGUUGUCAUACAAGUAACUGACACUGACUCAGAGAAUACCAAAGAAAAAUCGUUAGUGAGACAACCAUCAACAACUGAAUAUCUACCAGGAAUGCUGCAUACUGAGUCACCAGCUGGUCUUUUACCUCAAUUUUCAAGCUGGUCACUUGUUUGUUUAGGUCCUAGUAGCUUGUACUCACACAAUCUUGGUCUUCAACAUCAAACUGGUAUUCUGGCUACAUCAGCAUUUUUACUGCCUUGGGAUGUAACAGUCAGACUUGAGCAUCAGAAAGAAAAAGGAUCGUUUUGGCCUAUGGUUGGUGACAAUCAUUCCUCUUACAAUUACAACAGUCGAGGAAAAAAUUAUCAAAAUUCAAAUGCACUCAAGUGCAGAAAGUCUAAAGGCGGGAAAGAAUUUGUUGUUAAAAUAUUUGUGGGCGUAGAGUACGAGUGUCCACGUGGUCAUCGAUUCAUGGCUUCUGCUCCUGAUAAAGUUCUUAAAGCAACUGGAAGUGGAAUAGUUAAAGACAGUGGAAACAAAGUAACUUCAAAUACUGCCGAUAUGCCGCUAUAUUUUCCUUGUCCUUGCAGGCAACCAAAACCAUUGAUUGCUCAAUUAAUGAGAAUCCAUGUUGUAACACCCAAAGCUCCUGUUCAUGUUACACUUAAUCCUAGAGUACAACCAGGACCACCACCUUGUCCUAUUUUUGUAACUGGUGCUGAAGAACCAAUCAAAUUAUCACAAAGCGCUUAUUGGGUUUUACGAUUGCCAUAUGUUUAUAUGGGGGAAAAAGGACCUUACCUUGUACCAAAAGAACCAGUUUCCAUUUCUCAUGGACGAUUACUUGCUGGAAUGUAUGGAAUCAGUGAAGUUGUUCCAGAAAAAAAACUUAAUGUAUAAUAUAGAAAUAUUUUUAUGGUUUGGGUGCUGAUAUAAUUUGAAAAAUGAAGCACCUGAUAAUUGUAAUGCCGCUGAUACUGUCCUGCGUCAGUGGAUCAUCACUGCUGAGUUGGUUUUGGGACAAACCAUCAGAAAACACCAACG